AACGGUGCUCUCUGUUGCUCCAGCAAUGACUGGCAGAACUGAGCUUUUCCUCCUUUCCUUUUCUCCUGCAGGUGUUGGCAAGAGCAGUUUGCUGCUACGUUUUGCAGACAACACUUUCUCAGGCAGCUACAUCACCACAAUUGGGGUCGACUUCAAAAUCCGGACAGUUGAAAUCAACGGGGAAAAAGUCAAGCUACAGAUCUGGGACACGGCAGGACAGGAGCGCUUCCGGACGAUCACAUCAACGUGAGUCUGAGGUUUUUAUAUUUAUUUAUUUUUUAAAAACCCCAAUCUGAUAACUGGGUUUCAUCACGGCUUUGUUCUGAUAAGAUGACGGUAAGACGGUGAUUUCUCCUUCCUAGCUGUUGUUUCAAACUUUUCCUCUGCCCCGUUGGCCUCGAUGAGCCAGAUUGUCAUCCGCGGAAGGUACAAGACGUUAAAAACGCGUGGGAAGCGUUUGCGGGUUUUUGUCGUCAUACAAUACAGAGGCAUCUCGGCACU